GAAGACCCGGAGCAUUUAAGGAUAUGACAAAUUCUUUUGAAGUUUGCCAAUGGCUAGUAAUAGAAAGGCCAAAUAUUUUAAUGAUGGCGAACCAGUUGUUCAAUGUUUUUAAUACGCUAUUAGAUUCUUCUGUCAAUAUAUCCAAUUUGCCUACUGCAAUUCUACAAAUCACAAAGCCUGGAAUUACACAGCCUGAAGAAAGAUCACUAGCACGUCUUUGGCAUGAGGAAAUAAAAUGCCUUUUCCUUCGAAACAGGAAUCCAUCAGACGCAGCUAUCGAAAGUCUUAUUUUCAAAAUAUUUAACUAUGAGCCAUAUAGUAAUGAAGCAGAAGAG